ACGGCCGGCGCCGUAGGCUGGCUCCUCCCCGGCCGCUUCCGUAGCGAGCUGGGGAGAUAUGUGGAGGCCGGGGAUAGCUGGCGCUAUACGCGCCGCACGGCAGGCGGCAGCUGCACGGCGGUGGAAUGGAGGCCCUGGGGACACCCCGCUGGCGGGGACAGCCGCCGCUAGCUUUGGCAGGACGCAAUUACAAUAUGCUUCAGAAAUGCGAAGCAAGACUGUUCAGUUCAUGAAUUUAAGAAAUGUGGGAACUCUGAAUGACACAAGCUCUUUAGAUGAGACUACUUACGAAAAACUGGCUGAAGAAACAUUGGACUCCUUAGCAGAUUUCUUUGAGGACCUGACAGAUAAGCCUUUUACUCCAGAAGAUUAUGAUGUCUCUUUAGGGAGUGGAGUCCUAACAGUUAAAUUAGGUGGAGACAUGGGAACAUAUGUCAUCAAUAAGCAAACUCCAAACCGGCAGAUUUGGCUGUCCUCACCCACUAGUGGGCCCAAGCGCUAUGACUGGACUGGACAGAACUGGGUGUAUUCCCACGACAGAGUAUCCCUUCAUGAACUACUAUCAAAAGAAUUUUCCACAGCCUUGAAAACUAAAUUGGAUUUAUCUUGCUUAAUAUAUUCUGGGAAAGAAGAUACUUGAUAUUCUACCUCAUGGAAGUUUAAAGACUUUAACCAGAAGCCAAGCCCUUCCUUGGUUUUUGAAAUACCUGAGCUUAAUUCUGUUGUUUCUCUUGACAUCACAAUGUUGUGCAACAAAAGUGAAAAUAAUACA